GGCCUCCCGCACGCCAAGCACGUGCACAGCACCCUGGUGUGCGCCGUCACCCGCGAGGUCAUGAGUGACGCCAAUCCGCCCAUGGUGCUGCCGAACGGCUACGUCUACAGCCGCCGCGCCAUAGAGCAGCUGGCGGCGCAGCACGGCGGCGGGCGGCUGGCGUGCCCCAAGACGGGCGCCACGUACGGCGUCGACGAGCUGCGGCGCGCGUUCAUCGUGUGA